CCUUUCUUUUGUUCUUGCUGAUAAUUUUUAUUAUUUUUUCUCUGAUUAAAUCGUUUUUAUUAUCAUUUUUUUUGGGUACUGAAUGCAUUUGUAAAUUAACUUUGUAUUUAUAAUUUGAUGUUGAUGUAAUGUUUUGUGUGUUAAGUGGCUUGUUGUUCCUGAAACUUGUGUGGUUCUUAUUGCUGAUAUCUUUGCACUAGUGUCCAUAAGUAGCUCUUUUUCUGCCAAAUAGAUGGGAGAGUACAAAUUAGCACUUUUUCCUUUUGUGGAAAUAUGCAGUUUUCAGAGAUGAAUAGUAUAUUGAUUUAGGGUUUUCUCAAAGGGAAGCAAGUUCCAAUUGGUCGUUAGUGGAAUGAUGUUUUGAAUUUGAAGCUGGGAAUUUGUAGGGAGGAAAACCUAUUUUCUUUUCUUCACUGUUUAUACUAAGAUAAAAAGUAUCCACUCGGAGCAGAAACGAAUUAUCAAUAUAGAAUAGCAGAUUUCCUGAAAGGUCAAUAAUGGAUGUACAAGGAAUAACUUGGGUUGGGAAUGUAUAUGAGAAAUUUGAAGCUAUGUGCUUGGAGGUGGAAGAAAUCAUGUACGAGGAUACAGUCAAAUAUGUUGAGAAUCAGGUGCAGACUGUUGGGGCAAGUGUGAAAAGGUUUUAUUCAGAUGUAUUGCAAGAUUUGCUUCCACCAUCUUCCUUGGAUCCUGAGAAAAUUUCACCAUGUGGUUUUAUUAUCGAACAAGAUUCUGGUGAACGAAUUUUUAGAAAGCCAAAUGUAAUGAAGAAAAAAGAGCCUUCUAAGGCUGAUGAUGAGCAGUUAACUAAGACAUCAAGGAAAACUCCUGAUAUUGGCAAAGAUGUUGGCCUUGCACCAUUGUUUAAUGUACGUGAUGAUGUAGAUGAUUCAUGUAGACCUUCUGGGGAUGGUGUAAAAGAAGCAUGUACUGAGUUGCAUUCAAGACAACAUCUUGAUGAACGCAAUAGUUCUAACAUGGGUGCAAGUCUGAGUCAAGAAAAAUUAACUGAUGUAUCUGAUACAAUCAGUCCAGAAAAGUAUUUGAGUGGAGUAUCAUGCUGUGAAUUUAUAAAAGAAAUUCAUGAAGAUUCAGAGGAUCAGAGGGGUGCAAUGACAAUCCCACCUAUGAAUGAAGUUAUGAAGCCUGACUCCAUGGUUGAAAGUAGUGAUAAAAUUGAAAAUGGAAGCGAUUGUAUGCCUGAUGUAUCAAAGGACUGCCAGUCAUCAAUUGAGAUAAUCUCACUGGAUUCGAUCCAAGACAAUGGAGAGGAUAUGGGAGUUCAACUCUGUAGUGGCUCAUCAGCAGAAUCAAAUGCUGCAGAUAACAAGUGUGCUGAUGAGGAUGCCUUUGCAUCUCAUCCAAGGAUAUUAUUUGACUGGAAUGUUGGUGCAAGUGAAACUGAGACUGCUACUGAACACGGAGCAGAGACUGUUCAACAGAGUGAUAAGAUGAAGCUCGAGGAAACUUGUGUUUUGGUGAACGAAAAUGAACUACAUUUUCCUCCUCAACCAGAACGCAAAUGGAGGCCUUACAAGAAGAAAAUUCGCGAAGCUCUUUAUUCUAGAUUGAGGUCAUCAAGGAAGCAGGAGUAUGAGAAGCUUGCAUUGCAGUAUGAGGGUGACAAAAAAUUGAGUCAAGAAUUUGGAGAGGCUUUUACACCAACGCUUAAUGUGAAGACGAAUAAAUUACCACGGCGUGAUUCUUGUGAAUCCGAGUGGGAACUUCUUUAGAUGCCAGUUUCAGCAUGUGUAAAUAAUCUUUCUACCUUGCUUCGCUGGACACUAGCAUUGACUGCCGAAUUUUGGCAUCCUGCGUAAUUUAUACUAAAUUGGGCAAAGUUUCCUAAAGUCGUAAAUAAAUUAUAGCAACUAAGACUCCUAUGAAUAUGACUGAGAGUAUUUGCUUGUUCUAUUUAUUGUAGAAACCUUAUAAAAAAUCUACUCUAGUGCCUA